UAAAAGCAGAGCCUCAACGUUUCACUUACUUCCAUUCCAUAGUGAGAGAGAAGAGAAACAAUGGAGGGAAAAGAAGAAGACGUGAAUGUGGGAGCAAACAAGUUCCCGGAGAGGCAGCCAAUCGGUACGGCGGCGCAGACGGAGGGAAAAGACUACAAGGAACCACCUCCGGCUCCGUUCUUCGAACCAGGCGAGCUCAAGUCGUGGUCCUUCUACAGAGCCGGCAUAGCAGAGUUCAUAGCCGCUUUCCUUUUCCUCUACGUCACCGUUUUAACAGUCUUGGGGGUCAAGAGAGCUCCCAACAUGUGUGCCUCCGUGGGUAUCCAAGGCAUCGCUUGGGCGUUCGGCGGCAUGAUCUUCGCACUUGUCUACUGUACUGCCGGAAUCUCGGGAGGACACAUUAACCCGGCGGUGACAUUCGGUUUGUUCUUGGCGAGGAAGCUUUCUUUGACAAGAACUGUCUUCUACAUAGUAAUGCAAUGCCUUGGAGCUAUCUGUGGUGCUGGUGUGGUCAAGGGUUUUCAGCCAGGGCCGUAUCACGCUAAUGGAGGUGGAGCCAACUUGGUGGCUCAUGGAUACACAAAGGGUUCAGGUCUUGGUGCAGAGAUUAUUGGCACUUUUGUUCUUGUCUACACUGUCUUCUCUGCUACUGAUGCUAAGAGAAGUGCUAGAGACUCUCAUGUCCCUAUCUUGGCUCCGCUUCCAAUUGGGUUUGCUGUCUUCUUGGUGCACUUGGCCACUAUUCCAAUCACGGGAACUGGAAUUAACCCGGCCAGGAGUCUUGGAGCUGCCAUCAUCUACAAUAAGGAUCAUGCUUGGGGCGACCAUUGGAUCUUCUGGGUCGGACCAUUCAUUGGUGCUGCUCUUGCUGCUCUGUACCAUCAGAUAGUCAUCAGAGCCAUUCCUUUCAAGUCCAAGACAUAAGUCUUCCCACAUAUUAUUUGAUCAUCAUCAAGCUAAAAUAUGUAUCAAUAUUUUAUUUUACGUGCAUUCCUCUUAGUGAUCUCAUAUAUAUGUCUCUUGUGUGCUACUACCUUAUUCUGCCACUGGAGUUCGAUCUUGUAACAUUGUAAAUGUGUAAUUUAUUAUGUACCAAUGGAAUUGUAUCUUGUUACAUUGUAUUAUUGUAUAUGUGCAAGUAACUAUGUCAAUGGAAUUGUAUCUUUGUUGGGCUACA